AUGGGUACUAAAGUCGUCUGCAUUUUGUGGUUGCUUUGUCCGUUGGUGCAAGCUUCAGUCAUCGACGCUAGAAAAGGGACACAGGAGCGUAUGGAUUUAGUAUCGAAGGCGCUCCUCUUGGUGUUAAAGCAGGCGGUGCCCUCGCGUUCCACAACGCUCUACGUGCAUGUGCACGUUAGCUCCAACACAUCACUAGGUCCACUGCAGGAUCUAUUGACCCACAUAUUGAGUGCACUGCCCGCCCAGCCUCGCCAUCUAACCUACCAAAAGCGGCUCAAGUUCAGACCCCAUGUGCAUGUUCUGCUGCUCCUAGUGGAGGAUCUGCCGGCAUUGUUUCGGGCCUAUGCAGGUCAUGGAGCUACCGGUAAUCUCUCGCACACCCUUAUCUUCAUAUUGCGGCCGAUGGAUGUGCAUCAUGGGGAUGUGCAGGCGGCACUGCAGCUGCUCUGGCAGCUCAGCGUCGUCAAUGUGGCAGUGGUGCUAGGCUCGUCCGAUCAGGAACUGCUGAUGGCAACCUACUUCCCAUUCGAUUUGGAGCACGGGUGCCAGGUUAUACGUGCCAAGGUAAUCAAUCGGUUUGAUGCCACACGUGGCAGUUGGAAGAACAGAAUCUUCUAUCCGCGGAAGCUUUUCAAUCUUCAUGGCUGCAGCUUGAUUUGUGCCACCUGGCCAGACAUGCCUUAUCUGGUCAGAGAAACUGACGGCAGCUUUGUGGGCAUCGAGGGCGAGUUGCUGCAGUUCUUAGCCCAAAAUCUAAACUUCAGUCUGGGGGUGUAUUGGAUGGACAAGGCCCAAGUGCUAGCCACCUUCAAUGAAUCUGGCUGGAUAUUCGAGAAGAUAUUCAACGGUUUGGCCGAUUAUUCGUUGGGGGGGUUUCACCAUAAGCCAGCAAACCUUGAGGCAGCUGCUGCUGAUGCUGUUCCCUAUUCGCAAUCCACAUACUACUUCAUGAGUCAUAUUAUGCUGGUCACCAAUUUGCCCGGCGCUUAUUCUGCAUAUGAAAAAUUGGCAUUUCCCUUUAGGCCAAUGCUCUGGUGGUGCAUUGUUCUGGUGCUAAUGUUGGGCUGCUUUAUUGUGCUUCUGGUGCACUUGUCAGCCCGAACCCGUCACUUUCUUUUGGGCCCACACAAUCAGACGCCAUUCUACAACCUGUUUGUGAUCGCCGCGGGUGCGAGUCUGCCCGUCAGACCGCUGCCUCGUCGCAAUUUUGCGCGUUUUCUGCUCAUUCUCUGGCUGCUGGCCACGUUCAUCCUGCGUAGCGCCUACCAGUCGGGCAUGUAUCAGCUGCUGCGCGAUAAUCAGCUACGCAAUCCACCAAGGACGAUAGCCGCCGUACUUGCCCAGCAGUAUACCAUUCAACUGACGCCGGAGAAUACCCGCUUCCUCUCCAGCUUGCCGGAACUGCCGCCUCAACAGCUGCACAAUCUCACUGGGAGCGAGCUGCAAUCCUUUUCGGGAUUGGCCGCCAGCAGCGGAACAGAGAAGCGUCUGGCUAUCAUUACGCCUUACGAGUACUUUGGCUACUUUCGCAAGCUGAACUCGCUCAGCCGGCGGCUCCAUGUGGUUCCCGAGCGUAUCUUCACACAGCAGCUGUCGUUUUAUGUGCGCCGCCGCUCGCAUCUGGUUGGCAUGUUCGAUAACCAGAUCCGGCGUGCCCAUGAACAUGGCUUCAUGCAGCACUGGACGGAUAAGUAUGUGAGCGCUGUCGACGAGCCGGAUGACAGUGUGACGCAUAUGGUGGCCAAGGCCUAUCAUGACAAUCUCCAUGAUGACGCAUUUUCCAGCAAUAUUACAACUUCGUCGUCCAUACCAACCACGCACAAUGUAUUGGCGUUUAGGGAGCUGGAGGCCAUCUUCUGGCUGCUCCUGUGGGCGCACUUGUGCUCCGCCCUCAUCUUUGGACUCGAAUUGCUCCGAAAUGCCAGAGAGCACCAUAAAAUAUUCACCUGCACGACAAAGAUGCUGCCUUAG